GCAACCUCCGCCAGUCAUUUCAUUCGGUCGCGAGAGCGCUAGUGUUUGUAGCGCAAUCACAACAACUUUGUAACCAAAAUAUGUGUGUAAAUCGCUAUUGCAAGUGUUCGACAGUUUCUGAUUAGUGAAUAAAUCAAAAAACUGUUGUGUCUAUAUGAUUGUUAUGUUGUUUAGUGAAAGUGCCGGGAGUAUUUUGUAAAAGAUCGACGAAAGGCUCUCAAAGAGCAUGGCGGGGUCUGGCGGGGCGGAGUGGCUGCCCGGCGCGGCGGUGUGGUUCCAGCCGGCCGGCGCCGCCGCCGCGCUGCCCGGCGAGCUGGUCGAGGUGCACCGCGCCGCCAGGGUGCUGCUCGUCAGCGCUGUGCUCAAUGACAAGCCUCAGACCUUCGCCCUGCAAAUGGGCGGGAACGACGAGGAGGGCGACCCGGUGUGGCCGCGCGAGGAGCUCGGGCCGGCCGGCGUGGACGACAUGACGCGGCUGCACGACCUGCACGAGGCCGCCUUGCUGUGGAACCUCAAGCUGCGGUAUGAGCAGGGCCUCAUCUACACAUACGCCGGCUCCAUCCUGGUGGCCGUCAACCCGUACAGGCCGGUGGAUUCGCUUUACGGCUUGCAGACUGCCAGAAGGUACCACGCCGCAGAAGCAUUAGGUGACCUUCCACCCCAUUUAUUUGCCAUAGCAGCCGCUGCGAGGGCCUCCCUCCCUCACCCGCAAGCCAUACUUAUCUCCGGGGAAUCCGGGGCAGGGAAAACAGAGUCAACCAAAUUAGCCGUCCAGUUCUUAGCGGCGGUCGCGCCGGCGCCGCCCGGCCGCGCGCCCGUCUCCGAACAGAUCCUGGAAGCAGCACCCUUGUUAGAGGCGUUUGGCAAUGCCAGGACACCAAAAAAUCACAACUCUAGUCGUUUUGGUAAACUCCUAGAAUUAUACUUCAAAGACGGUUCGCUGGCCGGUGCGAGAGUUGCUCAUUAUUUAUUAGAGAAGUCAAGAAUAGUCACACAGUCUCCUGGAGAAAGAAAUUAUCAUGUGUUUUACGAAUUAUUAGCUGGAUUAGAUGAGGAGCAACGACGCGCGAGGGGGUUGUUGACAGCGGAGCACUACUUCUACUUGAACCAAGGAGGAGACUCGGGCGGCGCGGGCGCCGGCGCCGACUGGGCCGCGCUCUGCGGAGCCAUGCAGGUGCUCGGCAUCGGAGACUCCGAGCGAGAGGACAUUAUAAGAGUACUCGCCGCAGUAUUACAUUUAGGCAACGUCUACUUUCAUAGAAGACAGCUGAGACACGGACAAGAAGGAGUGCAGCUUGGAGGAGGCGCUGAAGUGCGCUGGGCUGCACAUUUACUGAAAGUACCAGCUGAAGAUUUAGCUAAAGCUUUGACUACAAGAGUAACAGCGGCGAGAGCAGAGAGAAUGAGGUCCCCUCUGCCGAUAGACCAGGCUUUGGACGCCCGUGAUGCGUUCGCCAAAGCUCUUUACUCCUCUCUCUUCAACUGGCUGGUCCUGCGAAUCAACUCCAUCGUGCACAGAGGGGGUCUGCACGAUGCUCACCGGAUCUCACUUCUGGAUAUCUUCGGUUUCGAAGAUCUGGAAGAGAACUCGUUCGAGCAACUCUGCAUAAACUACGCGAAUGAAACGCUACAACAUUACUUCAACAAACAUAUAUUUAAAUUGGAGCAGCAAGAAUACCAGAAAGAAAGGCUGGAGUGGACUCAUUUGGCAUGGAAUGACAACUCGCCAGUGAUUCAGCUGCUGAGCAAGAAGCCGGUGGGCAUCCUGCACCUGCUGGACGACGAGAGCAACUUCCCGCGCGCGUCCGACGCCUCCUUCCUGGAGAAGUGCCACUACAACCACGCGCUCAAUGAGCUGUAUUCGCGCCCGCGGCUCGGGGCUAAUGAGUUUGGAAUAAAACAUUAUGCCGGUCAAGUAUGGUACAACGUAGAGGGUUUUCUCGACAAGAACCGAGAUGCUCUCCGAGCGGAUGUCCUGGAGCUCCUCUGCAGCAGCGAGGUGCCCCUCGUGGCUGAGAUGUCCACGCAACUGAGGGUGCAACAUGACGCGAACAAAACCCUGCCAAGGGGAGCCAACGGCAGAUUUGUCACCAUGAAGCCUAGGACUCCUACCGUCGCAGCAAGGUUCUCCGAUAGCUUAUAUCAACUCCUGGAGUCCAUGUCCCGUUGCAAUCCGUGGUUCGUCCGAUGUAUCAAGCCCAACACAGAAAAGUCACCAAUGAAGUUUGACCUUCCAUGUGUACUAUCCCAACUCCGAUACACUGGAAUGUUGGAUACCAUCAAAAUACGCCAGACUGGGUAUCCCAUCAGAAUACCAUUCCAAGCCUUUGUGGAAAGAUACAGAUACCUGUUGACUUCGACACCGGCGCGCGCGACGCCGUACCGAGAGGUUUGCAACUCGAUUCUAGCUGAGAUGCCCGCUACUGGAGCUGCGGGUGCAGACUACCAGCUUGGUGCCGCUCGAGUGUUCAUACGGGAAGCCCUACACUUCGCACUGGAGCGAGCCAGGGCUGACAAACUGAGGGCGGCUGCCACCAAACUGCAAGCCCAUGUCAGGGGACAUCUGACCAGAAAGCGCUACAACCAAAUGAAGCACUCAGCCAUUCGCAUCCAGUCGUGGUGGCGCGGCGCAGCAGCACGCAGACGCUUCGUGGUCGCCCGACGUGGCGUGGUACGAGCCCAGGCCAUAGUGAGAGGGAAGCGGGCGCGCCGGCGGUAUGCCAUGCUCAAGGACCAGUAUAGACGGAAGAUUGAGGCGCAGAAGGUUGCUGCCAAACGUCGCGCAGCCGAACAGAAGGCGAAAGCAGAAAGCCUGCAAGUGCUGGAGGUGCCGGCGGAGCUCGCCUUCAUCCUGUCCAAGGUGGACGAGUGGCAGCCGCCGCACACCGAAAGGAACUUGGCUAAGGUAUCCGGCUCAGUGUACUCAGAAGACGAGCGCAUUCAGCUGCCGCGCGACUUGCAGCAGUUCGCGUUCUCCAAAUACAGCUCAGUGUAUUUCGCCGACGGAGGACAACUCAGCCCCAAGAAGUACCCCAUCACACGACCCUUCCUGGCUAAAGCUGCUGUCAGAGACCAAGACUUCAACGAUGCGGUAGCAACAUUCAAACUGAUAUUGAGAUGGUGCGAUGAAUCUGCAGCUGGAAAUGACGCUAGACAAAAGGUGCUAGCAGACUACAUAGCGUCCCGCGGCAUCGGCUCGCGCGGGCUGCGCGACGAGAUCCUCGUGCAGCUGUGCAACCAGGCGAGCGCCGCCGCCGCCGAGCGCGUGUGGCCGCUGCUGCACCACUGCCUGUGCGCCUUCCAGCCCUCGCCCGCCUUGCACAAAUACCUGAUCCGCUUCGUCUCGGAGCGUGCCCCGGCGCGCUACCGCCCCGCCCUACUGCGUCUACUCGCGUCCAGCGCGUCCAACACGGCGCGGGCCAGCGGCGUGGCGCGGCGCUGCCCGCCCACGCUGCUCGAGUGCCACAGCCGCGCCGGCGCCGACAAGCACUUGCCUCUCACGCUCUAUGAUGAUUCCCUACACCACGUCGGAGUAGAAUCGUGGACGACGUGCGAGCGCGCGGCGAGCAUGGCGCUGGCGGCCGCGGGCGUGGCGCGCGCCGCCGCCGGCUGGACGCUCACCAUGGAGCACAAUGGACAGCUCACUGAAUGGGCCGGCUGCGAGUACGCGCUGGACACAGUGGGUGAGAUGGAGAGUGUGACGUCACAGUGCAUAAUGUCUCAGUCGGGGCCUUUACGAGCCGCUAACACGCCGCCCGCGCCGCCGCCGCGCGCCUCCAGCGAUCCUGAUCACAAGCCUAAGGUCCCACCGCCAGAACCACCAAAGUCUCGAUCACCGAGUAUUCAGCGUCUGUUACAAGACUCCAUCGACGAAGGACUCUCAGAAUAUAACUGGAAGAUCGAACGAGACGACACGAAACAUUCCAGCGAAUACAGCUCCAGGAAAACAUCACACGACAUACUGUCUCGAGAGUCGGCCCUAAACGAGCGAUACUUCGAACAAAACUCAGACAAAGUCAGGAGCCGAUCGCUCGACAACUUACUAGGCGACAACCCUACGCCUCAACCGUCCAAUUUGGUUAACUUGGGGUUGUCACAAUCUCGUUUGAACGACAGAUACCAUUCUGUGGAGAGAUUGCACGGUGGAGCGCCCAGUGUGACCAGUUCUAAGGCCAUGGAGAUGGACUACGGGACUGGUUCUAGGGCUGUGCCAUCGCGUUAUAUAAAAUCUCAGUACGCGGGCAAGCGGGCACCCGCUGGUUCGCAGUCUAGUCGCGCUUACAUAGAGAAGAGCAACGAGUUUAGUGGUGUUAGAUCGUCAGCCAUGUCAGACACAUCAGAAGCGCCGAGCCUGGCGUCGCACGUGCGGCGCGUGCGUGUCCCCAGCCAGGCCUCCGACGUGGACCAGUUCCUCGACGACCUGUUCUCCCCUGUUCUAGACCCGAAUAUAGACGAGUUGUCUGACGCACGCUCGCUCGUCGCCAGCAUCAAGGGAGGAAACACCUACAGCCAGUUCAUCGAUGAUCUACUCACCUGUGACUAUAAGGAACAGAUGGAUACCCUAAAUAGUACAGAUAUUGAAACCUUGAUCAAAGGCGGCGGGAAGGAAGACUUGAAGGUAAAGAAGGAUAAAAUGGCCGUGAGGAAAGAUUCGAAUGUGGAUUCCGUAGAUGAUUACAUAACGAAUUUGUUUGAUCCGAUCUUCGUGAAUGAUAGUUUGAAGCGUCUGACGGACAGCGAGAGGCUGUCGGGUGCCAUCAAGGGCGGAGGCGCGACGCCGCGGACCGCGUCGGCCAACACGUCGCUGAGCUUCGGGUCCCCGGGCGGCCUAGCAGGCGGGCUAGCGGGCGCGCUGCCGGCCGGCAUGCCCGGCACGCCCGAGGGGCUGGCGGCCGCGCUGGGCCUCACGCUGCCGCCGCCCGGCACCGUCGACCUCGCCACCUACCACCAGAACCUGCAGCGGGCCUUCCUGCAGAGCGCCAUGGCGCAGAACAUACAGAUCCAGCAGCAGCUGCUCGCGCAGAACCAGGCGCUGCAGACGCUGCUGGCCGGCCAGGUGGACGAGCCCGCGCCCGCCGCGCCCGCGCGCGCCGCCGUCGUGCACGCGCAGGUGCACGCGCAGGUGCACUCCCCUCCGCGCGGCCCGCCCCGCGCGCGCCGCCCCUCCAGCGAGGGCUCGGGGGGCGCGCCGCCGCCGCCGCCGCCGCCCAUGCCGCCGCCGCUGCACGCCACCGACGAGGUGCACGGCUUCAUGGACCCGUACGGCCGCGCCAAGACCGUGCGCAUCGGCAAGUGGCGCUGGCCGCCGCCCAAGGACGCCAACGGACAGGACAUCACCGAGGACUUCACCAAGUUCAAGAUGCGGCAGAUCCAGCGCCGCCACACGCCGCAGGCGCAGAGCAACGGCGUGGAGCACGAGGCGCGCGGGCGGUCCCGGUCGGAGGCCUCGCCCGGCAUCGAGUGGGAGGAGUACGAGGUGGACCGCCCCGCCCCGCGCUCCCCGCCCGCCGCCCGCGCCGCGCGCCGCAGCUUCGAGAUCGGCGCGCAGCGGCCCUCGCCCGGCAGCGUCGGCAAGCUCAAGCUGAGCUCGGAGAUGCGCCAGCGCCUGGAGCGCGUCACGGCGAGCCACUCCGUGCGCAGCUCCUCGUCCGCCGCCGACGCGCCGCGCACCGUCAACAAGCUCGAGGACACGCGCAAGCUCAUGCUGGAGCGGCAGCUGGGAGGUGGCGGCGGCGGGGGAGGGACUCGAUGGGAUGCGCCUCCUCCACCUCUACCCCCAGCGCCGCCCGGCCCCGCACCGCCGCCCCCCGCCGCUCUGCCUACGCCUCCGGACAAACCCGCGCCGCCGCCACCCGCGCCGGACUCGUCCUCCACGUUCGCCCAGCUCCGCCGGGACCGGGACACGUUCGGUGUGCACCAGAACCGCGAGGCGGACGACCGGCACGCCUUCCUCGCCAACUGGAACUCGCGGCGGCGCGAGUCGCCGGACGCGCGCGGCGACGACCUCGCCUCGCGCUUCCUGACCGCGGACCGCCGCGACGCCCGCUACCGCGACGACUGGGGCGACGACCACGCGCGCGACCACCGCCACAACGGACACGACUGGGACUCCGAGAGCGGCGCCGACCAGCUCGACCACCGCGACGCCUUCUCCGGACGAGACGCCUCCGAGAUAUACGAGAUACACCCGACAAGAACCGAGCGUAGGAAAGAAGAGAACGGCAUCGAUGACGGCUACGACAGAAGUAAGCGGUCAUCGCCUUAUUCCGAUGAUUUCGAACGUUUCGAUGGUCGUAAGAACUCCCGUGAGAUGCUGGUCGGUCGGGCGCGGGACAGCCCUCGCUCGGACAUCUAUCAUCAGGACAGCAACGACGUCAGCAAGCGAGCCACGUUCAAGACUCACAUGCAACAGAAGGAGAGAGACAGGAAGAUGGAGGCCGAGCGCCGCGCCUCUGUGUCCACGCACGUCACGGAUAGAACCGAACAUUUAGAACGUGAUGUCCCGGCGCCGGCAGCACUACUACCCUCAGACCGCACGCUCAUCACCUACACUCGAGUGCCAUGGAAAUUACGAGUCAGGAAGGAAGUCUUCACACCAAUAGAGACUUACAAUGACCCGCAGAUACUAGAUUUACUUUAUGCUCAGAUAGUAUACGACAUCCAAUCCCCGGCUCCAUCGCUCCGUCUGUCAGCCAGCGAGCGUCGCGCCGGCGCGGCCUGGCUUCGCUCUCACGCCAACACAACGCCAAGAGUACAGACCAAGAUGCAAGCCGUGGAGAUGGCUAGGGAAUGGCCCUUCUACUUCGCGAGGUUGUUUACCGCUAGGAUACCGCCUGGGGAGAACGCUGUGUUGGCUAUCUCGCAUAGCGGGAUUACUAUUGGAGUUAAAGGCGCGCAAGGUCUCCAGAUCCGUCGCCAGAUCUCGCUAUCCGGCCUCCGUGCUUCCUCCCCCGCGCCGCAAUCUCUACAACUGGGCUCCUUCACUCUACACGCACCACUCGCCGCGCCCGCCCUCGCCAUUGUCAACGAGUUUGCACUGCUUUAUGACCAGGUACAACAGAAACCGACGACCAAUGGCGUUUCUAAGGAGCGGGACGUCCGCGAGACUCGCGAGACUCGGGAGUCGAGGGAGUCUCGAGAGAUGCGCGAGAUCAGAGACUCCAGGGAGUCUCGCGACGAGUCGGAGCUCAUGGAGCGACGAGCACAGGCCGCCUCGCCGCCGCCGAGGGAACGGGAGAGAGAGCGAGAAAGAGAUAGGGAGAGAGAACGAUCCAGAGACAGAUCGCGGGAGAGGGAGAUAAGAGACGAGAGGAGGGACCAGUCCACGCCGCAGCACGACGGCAGACAUCCGCUGUUGCAGUUCGCCGUCGAUCACUUCCGGCAGAGCCCUGAAUUGGAGAUCCUGAAAGCCGACUCGUCUCUCAAGAGCAAAGCGAAGCGCAACGAAUGGACGUGGAAGGCGCAGACGGACGUGGUGAAAUGGCAGUCUGCCCCGCUGCGGGCGCCGCUGCUGCGUCUCCCGCCCGCCCUGGCGCCGCCCGCCCUCGAGUGCUUCACCUGCAUCCGGGCGUACUGUGGAGAUCUGCCGCCGGCUGAGCGCGCUGCGCACCAGGACUUGACUGAAGUUAAAUGCGUUUAUACUGUUCUGAUGCACUGCCACUCGGUGCCGGAGCUGCGCGACGAGGUGUACUGCCAGCUCAUGAAGCAGACGACGUCCAACCGCUCCCCGGCGGCGGACUCGUGCCAGCGCGCCUGGCGCCUCAUGUCCAUCCUGGCCGCGUACUUCACCUGCUCCGACACGCUGCGUCCGUUCCUGGUGGAAUACCUAUCAGCGGCGGCGGCGGACCGGCGGCGCGGCUGCCAGGGCACGGCCGCGCUGUGCCUCGCCAACCUGCGCAAGACGUUGCGCUGUGGGGGACGCAAAAACGUGCCUAGUGUGGAGGAGGUGACAGCAGUAUCGGCGGGCCGCUCGGCGCGGCGCCAGCUGUACCGGCUGCCGGGCGGCGCCGAGCGCGUCGUCAACACGCGCUGCGCCACCGUCGUGCAGGACAUCGUCAGCGAGCUGUGCCAGCUGAUCGGCGUCACCAGCGAGGCCGAACGAGCCGAAUUCUCCCUCUACUGCAUAGUAGCCGGCGACGCGCUGACCAUGCCGCUAGCCAGCGACGAGUACGUGCUGGACGUGACCACGGAGCUGCAGCGCGCGCACCACCCCUUCUACCUCAUCUUCUGCCGCUCCGUGUGGCACCAUCCGCUGAGGACCGACGCGCCGCCGCUGUACACUGAAGUGCUGUUUAAUCAGGUGGCCCCCGACUACCUAGAAGGCCUACUCCUAGUCCUGCCAGGCGGCGGCGCGCCCCCGGCCGGUGUACUCCGGGACGCGGCCUCCGUCGCCGCGCUCCUCCACCGCGCCGCCGGGUUGGCCGAGCCGCCGCACCCGCGCGACCUCAAGUUCCUGCUGCCCAAGCCGCUGCUCGGGCUGAGGGAGCCCAGGCCCAACAAGUGGGCGGCGUGGGUCGCGCAGGAGUGGGCCCCGGCCAGGUCGCUGACCCCCGCCGCUGCCAAGUCGAGGGUUUUGCAGGUGCUAUCCCGCUGGCCUCUAUUCGGCUCGUCAUUCUUCGCGGUGCGGCGCGUGUCGGGCGGCGCGGCGUCCGAGUGGCGCGAGCACGUGCUGGCUCUUAAUCGUAGAGGAGUGCAUCUGCUAGAGCCGGCUACGCAUGAGACCGACACGCAUUGGCCAUAUGCCGACCUCAUCUCUACUAGGAAGGUCCGCUCAGAAGACGGCACUCUAUUCCUGGACGUGAAGUGCGGCUCGCUGCUGCAGCAGCGCGUGACGCGGCUGCAGGCGGAGCAGGCGCACGAGGUGGCGCGCCUCGUGCGGCAGUACGUGGCGCUGCAGCGGGACACGCGCCGGGACGCACGCCGCACUGACACAGGAUUCAUUCCGGACUGAAUUAAGCAGUUGCUGAUAAGAACUUAAUAAUAGUGUCAAUGAAAAAUUAUUGGAUGAAUCUCUACACUUGUCACAGACUCGAAUCAAUAUAAUCUAAUCGUUAUUGUGAUAAUAUCCGUUCAUU